AUGUUCGCAGACCUUCCCGUACUCAAAGACAGCUCCCAUCCUCUUAGAAAGCCGCUCCGUUUUCUUCUGAUGUGGCUUCUAGAGUCUCUGCAGCCCUCUAGCACUACCGACAGCCCAUCUUAUUUUAAUUUUUUUAGGUAUCUAAAGGAAUUUAGGACAGAGCAGUGCCCCCUAUUUUUGCAGCACAAGUGUACCCAGCACAGACCAUUUACCUGUUUUCAUUGGCAUUUCCUAAAUCAGCGUCGUCGUAGACCUAUACGAAGGCGUGAUGGGACUUUUAACUACAGUCCAGAUGUUUAUUGUACAAAAUAUGAUGAGACUACAGGAAUCUGUCCAGAUGGAGAUGAUUGCCCUUACCUGCAUCGAACAACAGGGGAUACAGAAAGGAAGUAUCAUCUCAGGUAUUACAAGACUGGAACAUGCAUUCAUGAAACAGAGGCCCGGGGUCACUGUAUGAAGAAUGGAAUUCACUGUGCCUUUGCUCAUGGUCCACAUGACCUGAGAACACCAGUUUAUGAUAUAAGAGAACUUCAGGCACAUGAAACCUUACAGAAUGGGCAGCUAGGAUGCGGUGAAGGCAUUCCAGAUCUACAGCCAGGAAUUUUAGCAAGCCAGGCAAUGAUUGAGAAGAUCCUUAGUGAAGAUCCAAGAUGGCAGGACACAAAUUUUGUAUUAGCUGGCUACAAGACAGAACAGUGUUCCAAGCCACCCAGACUCUGCCGCCAGGGUUAUGCAUGUCCACACUAUCACAAUAGUCGAGAUAGAAGACGAAGUCCCAGAAAAUUCAAAUACAGGUCCACUCCUUGCCCCAGUGUAAAACAUGCAGAUGAAUGGGGUGAACCUUCAAGGUGUGAAAGUGGGGAUAGCUGUCAAUAUUGUCAUUCUCGUACAGAGCAACAGUUUCAUCCUGAGAUAUAUAAAUCUACAAAGUGCAAUGACAUGCGCCAAACAGGUUACUGUCCACGUGGUCCAUUUUGUGCAUUUGCACAUGUUGAAAGGAUUCCUUCAACAGAGGACACCAUGAAUGUAGUCAUACUGCAAACUGGUUGUCAGUCAAAGCCAGACGCUCACCUGUUUUCAACAGACAGCAUAGGAAUUGCAAAUGAAUGGAGCAGCAGUCUUAACUCUACAAACAGCAUUACAAAUAGCAGUGGGCAGUCUGGAAAUGCAAGGCAUCGAAGCUUUCCAGCUGAGAAUCAGCAGAAAAUAAAUGAACAAGACAACAAGCAGAAUCAUCUCGGUGUUUUUUCAGUGGUUAACCCACUUGCUUCAAGUAUAACUUCCAGUCUGGCAUCCAGUGUUGGAUCAGAUAGUUCAUCUCCUACAACUGUCUCUGCUCUCAGCACCAAAGCUCUCCCAUUCUAUUCUGGCAAUAACACAGUUGAAUUUGUAAUAGGUUCUGCUUUAGAUUUGCAUUUUAAUAAUGUGAACGUUGCACCCAUAGAUAGAGAAACAGAAGAUCAAGACAGCAGUGACCUUGGAUUACCAAGUCGAAGGUUACUGGGAAGUUCAGCACCUGUCAAUAUUCCAGGCUCUCUUGUUUGUUCCUCAUCUUUGCAUUCAUCAUCAUCCCUUUCAGCCUCUCCACUCAGUUCUCUUUCACAGUCACUCUCUCAGACUUUUGUUUCAUCCACUGUGGCUCCUCAGCCUCUGAAGACAGAACAUAGUAUGUUAGGUACCUCAGCCUCUUCUCACAACUCUUUAGGUUUAAAUGGGGUUACAGGGAGCAUUUGGGACUUUGUAGCUGGGGGUUUCUCCCCUAGUCCAUCCCCAGUACUGAGCAGCGGCCCUGGCCCCUCAAUAAGUGCAAACACCAGUGGGAAUGAGCUAACUCGAGUAAGACAGGAACUUGAUGAUGCCAAGAGAAAGCUAAAACAGUGGGAAGAAUCUUGGCAGCAAGUAAAACAGGCAUGUGAUGCAUGGCAAAAAGAGGCUCAAGAAGCAAAAGAACGUGCUGACAUUGCAGAUGCAGACAAACAACUCGCUCUUCAGAAGAAGCAGGAAGUGGAAAAUAAGUUAAAAAAGCUGAAGGUGCAACUGGCUGUUUGUCUAUCUACUACAUUACCUUAUAUGAAAAAUGAUGGAGAUACAGAGAAGAUAUCCUUGCCAAAGCUUCGUUCCUUACAGAAUCGACUGCACUUAGAUUUAGAAACAAUAGAUGAGGUGAUUUUUCAGCUUCAGUCAAAGAAGUGUAUUGUAUGUCAGGAAGGUGAUCGUAACAUUAUCCUGAACCCAUGUCAACAUUAUGUACUUUGUGAUCACUGUGCAGCUGCACAAGAAGAAUGUCCCUGCUGCAAGAAAAACAGUAAUCUGUG